GGCAAGGUUUUCUUCGUCUUUGUGGGAGAUGGCGGUGAGCGUGGAUUAGGGUCUGAAGAUUGACUUUGCUUGGUUUCCUGAACGAGAUGCCUCGAUGCUGGUUCAGAGACGAGGAUAUUGCUGAGGAUAUAGUUGAGGAUACAGCUGAGGUAUUGAGAAUAGCAUUGCUUCUUAGUAUCUGUACUGCUACUGUACAGAGAGGGAGGAUACCGCGGCAGGACUAGGCAGAUCAAGCGAUCUUCUUGCGCUGUGUGAGCACUUCUCAGCCUGCGCAAUGAGUGUCAAAAAAAUAGCUGUGGACUCUGAGUCGUUUGAUGAGUCGGAUUAUCUGGAGUUCAUUGCUCUCGGUGGUGGUAGUGAAGUCGGACGAAGUUGUCAUGUUAUAAGUUAUAAAGGCAAAACAGUGAUGUUGGAUGCCGGAGUUCAUCCUGCGAUGAACGGCAUGGCGGCUUUGCCCUUUUACGACGACUAUGAUCUUUCGAGUAUAGAUAUUCUCUUGAUCAGCCAUUUCCACCUGGAUCACGCAGCUUCGUUGCCGUACGUAAUGACUCGCACCGAUUUCAAAGGUCGCGUGUUUAUGACGCAUCCCACGAAAGCGAUCUAUCGAUGGCUCCUGAGUGAUUACGUCCGCGUCAGUGCAAUCUCCGCCAACGACGCCUCGUCACUGUACACAGACGCUGAUCUCAGCUCUUCGUUUGAACGGAUCGAGGCAAUCGAUUAUCAUUCCACCACCGAGGUCGACGGAAUCAAAUUCACUGCCUACCACGCCGGCCAUGUGUUGGGCGCCGCCAUGUACUUUGUCGAGAUUGGCGGUAUCAAAGUUUUGUUCACGGGUGAUUAUUCCAGAGAAGAAGAUCGGCAUUUGAACGUUGCUGAAGUGCCGCCUCAGCGGCCUGAUAUCCUGAUCACCGAAUCGACGUACGGAACCAGCACGCAUCAGCCUCGACAGGAAAAGGAGGCUAGACUGCUGAAUCUGAUCACAAAGACUAUCUUGAACGGCGGAAGGUGCUUGCUACCCGUGUUCUCACUAGGAAACGCGCAAGAGCUACUGUUGGUGCUGGACGAGUAUUGGCAAAACAACUCGAACCUGGACGGAAUACCAGUCUUUUACGCCUCCUCGCUCGCGCGGAAGUGUCUGGCUGUGUAUCAGACAUACAUCAACAUGAUGAACGACAGCAUUCGGAAGAAAUUCCGCGACGACAGAUCAAACCCUUUCCAAUUCAAGCAUAUUCGAAGUCUAAAGAACCUAGAGCGGUUCGACGAUCUGGGGCCCUGCGUGAUGGUUGCUAGUCCGGGAAUGCUGCAGAACGGAGUCUCCCGAGAGCUUUUAGAGCGGUGGGCGCCGGAUGCGAAGAAUACGUUGAUUAUCACGGGUUAUUCGGUCGAGGGAACGUUGGCGAAGCAGAUCUUGAACGAGCCUUCUGAGUUCCCGUCAAUCACAGGCGGAGGGAUCAAGGUUCCUCGACGGAUUUAUGUUGAGGAAAUCUCGUUUGCUGCGCAUGUGGAUUUUAAGCAAAACUCUGAGUUUAUAGAUUUGGUUAACGCCUCGAACAUUAUUCUGGUGCACGGUGAGCAGAAAAAUAUGGGCCGUCUGAAAGCUGCGUUGCUGGGCAAAUACAAGGACUUACGCGACACUGCGGAUGAAAUCAAGAUAUUUGAUCCCCGGAACUCGGAAGAAGUGCGCCUUCCCUUCCGCGGGGUCAAGGUAGCAAAAGUGAUGGGCUCGCUCGCGUCGAAGCCGCCAAUGGACGGCCAGAUUCUGUCAGGGAUCCUGGUGCAGAAGAAUUUUGAGAUGAGCAUUCUUGCGCUGGAGGAUUUGCAGGAGUUUUCGGGGUUGAGCACGACGGCGGUUGUGCAGCGGCAGACUGUGACGGUGGACGCGACGUCCGAGCUGGUGAAGUUUCAUUUGCAGCAGAUGUUUGGUGCGGUUAAGGAUGUGUCUACGGAGGAAAUUACUGGGUUUAUGGUGAUGGACUCUGUCACGGUCUGGUGCAAUAAGGGCUCGCUCACGAUUGAGUGGGAAGGAAACAUGAUCAACGACGCGAUCUCAGAUACCGUGCUUGCGAUCCUGCUGUCGGUCGACUCGUCGCCGGUGUCAGUGAAGAUCUCGUCGAAACCGUCGCAUUGCGCGGGCCACUUUAAUCGGCCGGAGAAAAUCGAGCGACUGCUGGUCUUUCUGGACUCGCAGUUCGGAUCUGCGGUCGAGCCGAUGGAGAACCCGGACGACGGGGUGUACAUCAAGAUUGAUCAGAACGUGGGGACGGUAAAUUUCCGAAAUAUGGAGGUCGUGUGUUCAUACGAGCCGCUGAGGAGUCGGAUCCGGCAUGUGGUGGACCAUGCGGUUGGGACUAUUCUGCCAUUGACGGACAGCGGUGCGUCUGAAGAUUCGGAAAGCGGGGAGAGCGACGGCGGGGAGGUCAAGAUGGAGGUGGACUAGUGUAUAUUAGAUGAAUGGAUGGGUGUAAAUAGCGGCGUUAUAACAAAACCGAUGUUUCUCUACAGUUGUCGAACACGUUGACUGAAAUAUAAGAAUAUCUAUC